AUGAAGAACGCCCUUGCGUUCAAGCAUCUCGCAGAGAGCCUUGUGCUCCCGAUGGUGGAUAUCGACAAGGGUCUGAAGAGCAUUUAUCUCAGCCCGAGACCGGUCAAUAAUCCACACGAGCUACCCUUAGCUCGUCACGCAGAGAUAUCAGAGCUCUCUCGUUCUCAAGCUGAGCAAAGGCAAACUCAGCUCGAUGUUUCAAGACAGUGUCCGCCAGUUGAAGACGCCUGUCCCGCUCAUGCUCAAGGUCGCCGCGCAACACAAGAAUUACGCGAUCAAAGAGGCUCUCGGGGACACACGCUCCCCCACGAUAGUUUGGAGAGAGUUUUCUCUCCUCCUCCACCUCCAUUAGAGGCCUCUCGCGGUGGCCAGCGCUAUAUGGUUGAGCAGCUGUUGAACCACCGCGACGUGAACGGACGUCGGACGAGUUACCUCGUCCGGUGGCGCGGCCAUCCCCCGUCCUGGGAUACUUGGGAGCCCCGCUCCCAACUGAUGAUUGAUGUACUGGGUAUGGUUGAGCAGUACGACGCGGCACAUCCUGUGUUGCAGAAGGACCGCCGGAGAAAGUCUUCCCGGCACGGUCGUAAAGGGAUUCAGGCUGUCAAUCCCUUCGUACAUCUCAGUAGAGAUACAUACACGCCACCACGGGCUAGUAAGGAGGUAGGUCUCCUUAGGUGCGCGCGCAGAGUUGUUUACACGACAAGGGCACGGGUCUCCCCAGGAGAGACAGGGUAA